AUGGCGGCCCCAGUUAAAUACACCCCUCCUCCGUCCCCACCAUCGCCGACGGCAUCGUUUUACGACUUAAGUGAUGACGACGAGGAUGAGUAUAACACCAUCGCCCACGCCCGGUCUAGCCGUGGCGUGAAGCUACUGUACUCAAAAAGCAAAGUUUAUGUUCACCCCACACCCUCCGCUAAAGACAACAUUGCCGGGUUUGUAGCCCUCAUCCAGCAGAAGCCAGGGCCCAGGUCCACCCCCGCAGCGCGCGCAGAGUCCAACGGCGAUGGGUCUUCAUAUCUCCUCGCAUGGGUCCCCGAGGCUUCACUUGGCGAUGCUUACAGUACCUACGUGAAAGUCGAUCUUGCCGAUGAUGACUCCCCACCCCGUCAAAGAUAUCUUGUUCCACCGCUUCCAACGACCACCCACCAUAAAGACCCGAUCGGACUCUACUCCUUCGCCGUUCCCGUUUCAGAAAUAUACUCUCUUUUGGUACGACCCCCGAGUUUAGGGUGGUGGUUUGGGAGUGUGGUGAUCAACACGAAGUCGGGUGACAGCUUCCCAGCCUUAUUCUUCCACGAUAGCGAAUGCGAAUCCACAAUACUGCAGAAGAAAAAGCGUGUCAAGGAGAGCUUUGACCCUUUUGAUAACGAUGGGGGUCUGUUUUGGGGCGGCGAUGAGGUCCUGCGUUGGUUGAGGAGAUAUGUGGAGGUUCAACGCUCAGCCGUUGACCGGCAUGUAUUUCUAAUUAACCCAUCCGAGGAAGACCAGCUCUCGUUCGGACGCACGCUCAGCUAUGGGGACGGUACACUGUCAAAAGCUCAACCGGAGGCUACCCUCGGAGGUCCCAGUGCCGCCGGACAGCAGGGUGAUGCUAGCAUGGAUCCAUUCAUGAAGACUCUCAAAGAGACUCGGUGGAAGGUGCUGGAGCAACUCAGCAAGAUUACCACAUUUACGAGGCGGACUGCCAACGAGAUUGCCGAGAACCCUCGCGUUCCUCCGCAGGUCCGACGUCUGAUGAAAAACCCCGAGGUUCAGACCCUACAAGAUGAAUUCGACAGCGCCCGACUAUAUUUGGCGCGAUGGGCCAUGAGCAUUGCUGAACAAGGCGAGAAGGACCGAAAUCAGCGUAUUUGGACGGCACAGGACGUUCUCGAGUCAGAAAACAGUUCUGUUGGCGAUUUUGAGAUCCUCGAGCUUGAGACGGGGAAUUUGGCCAUUCAAGAGCGACGACGAAUUGUCACACUUCCGGAAUGGGAAGGCUUCUUUGACCCAGUAUCUGGAAGGUUGCAAAUUACCGUCGAGGAAGUCAAAGAGCGUAUCUUCCAUGGAGGUCUGGAUCCAAACGAUGGUGCUCGGAAAGAGGCAUGGCUCUUCCUCCUCGGGGUCUAUCCGUGGGAGAGCAAUCACGAGGAAAGGUCAGCGAUCAUGAACUCGAAGCGCGACGAGUAUAUUCGCUUGAAAGCGGGUUGGUGGGAGCGCAUGGUUGACGGCAACUCUACAUCCGAGGAGUAUGAUAAUUGGAAGGAACAGCGCAACCGAAUAGGUCAGGCCCUUGGAUUCCCCACUGGAAGUUUCCACCGACUAACUUCCAGAGCAGAGAAGGAUGUCCAUCGUACCGAUCGUACUAUCCCUCUGUUUGCCGGAGAAGAUAUUCCCCAUCCCGAUCCCGACUCUCCGUUCGCCGAUACAGGAACCAAUGUGCAUCUUGAGCAGAUGAAAGACAUGCUUUUAACGUACAAUGAAUACAACCCGGACCUGGGAUAUGUUCAAGGAAUGAGCGACCUACUGGCUCCCCUAUACGCUGUCAUGCAGGAUGACGCCGUGGCCUUCUGGGCUUUCGUCGGCUUUAUGGACCGAAUGGAACGCAAUUAUCUUAGAGACCAGUCCGGCAUGCGCGCCCAACUGCUCGCUUUAGACCACCUGGUCCAGCUCAUGGAUCCCCAGCUGUAUCUCCAUCUACAGUCAGCGGACAGCACGAAUUUCUUUUUCUUUUUCCGCAUGCUGCUGGUCUGGUACAAGCGCGAAUUCGAAUGGGGAGAUGUCCUACGUCUCUGGGAGACACUAUGGACCGAUUACUUCACCAGCAGCUUCCAUCUUUUUAUUGCAUUGGCCAUUUUAGAGAAGCAUCGCGAUGUCAUCAUGGAUCAUUUGAAACACUUUGAUGAGGUCCUGAAGUACAUCAACGAACUUUCCAACACAAUGGACCUGGUGCCCAUUCUUACCCGCGCCGAAUCUCUCUUCCAUCGCUUUGAGCGCUCAGUGCAAGCAAUCGACAAGAAAGAUAAUUUUCCUGCUGCCCCCUCUGCUUACCAGCGCCGACCCGCCAACAGUAGCAGUCCAGACUCGGCGGGCAAAGGCAAAUCGCCCCACCGACCUACUGUGGCGUCUAGCAGCGGCGUCAACCCGCCCUCUGCGCUCCAGCAGGCAAUCGAUAAGGACAAACCGAAGGUCAUCUCACCCGAGUUGCGAGAACUCCUUAGCAAAGACAUUCCUUGGAGACGCCAGCAGACCUCGUAG